ACAGUUAAUAACGUGCGACGCAAUUUGCUAGAGUGUUGAACAUACACGCAAUACACGUUUCGGAAGGAGAGCUGGACAAAACGUGACGCCGAUUGGACGUAACGUACAGGCGGUCUUCUGUCUUCUGUCCGCCUUCGGGGAGUGGUGGAGGAUACGGGAAGAGCGCCAAGAGCCUCUCACACUGGUUUGGCCGGCACUGUGGGACCUCUGAGUGAUGAAUGUUUGUAGUGUUUGUGCUUCAAGAAUGGGAUCCUGACGGGAGCUCACUGGGCCUCCUCAUGUUCGCUAUCGUCCUCACCUUAGCCACGUCUGUCAUGGGAUACGUGCUGCGCAGAAGACUUUGUUAGCGGAGGAACCACAAAACCUACGGCAGGGGAGUCCGAGUAUGGAGUUACAGGAGUGCACAGCCUAUGUAACUCGUGUGAACAUUCUUACUUUACUAUUGUCAAUCGCGAUCUGUGUGUUAGGUGAAGGUGAUGGAACUGAAUUAGGAUGUACAGGCGUAAAAUACGCGUUUCAAGCAAAAGGAAUUGAAGACGAUGUCCCAUCGCAGGCUAUCUCAGGUGACCACUUGCGUAUCUGCCAGCGGUCGAUGACAUGCUGUACAGAAGAGCUGGAGCAUAAACUGUCAGCUCAGAGCAGGGAAGAGUUCGAUCGAGUUCUCAGGCAAGAGGUGGACAAACUCAGGCACAAAUUCUCAACUAGGAUGACAAAGUUUGACGAGUUUUUCCGUGAGCUGUUGAACACGUCAAAGAGGGACUUCCACGAGAUGUUCCUGCGCACGUACGGGAUGCAAUAUGACACCAACUCCUACAUCUUUCACGACAUGUUCGAGAACCUCGAGAACUACUACACGACGGGAGGUGUUGACUUGGUGGAGGCACUCGACGGUUUCUUCCAAGCCCUAUACCUCAAGAUGUUCGAGGUACUCAAUGCCCAAUACUCAUUCAAUGCCAAGUACAUGCAAUGUGUGGCAGAGUACAAGGACGAGCUAAAGCCUUUCGGUGACGUGCCCCACAAGCUGUCCCUGGAGGUGAAGCGCUCGUUUGUUGCUACCAGGACCUUCGUACAGGCUCUGGGCAUUGGAAAGGAUGUCGCCCAAGCAGUCAUGGAUUUGGGCCCCAGCACUGAGUGCAGCGCUUCCCUGAUGAAGAUGAGCUACUGUCCGCACUGUCGAGGCCUCCCCGACUUGAAACCCUGUUCUUCAUAUUGUCACAGUGUCAUGCAGGGAUGCCUCAAUCACCACGUCCAGUUGGACACCGAGUGGAGCAAUUUUAUCGAUGCGCUGCUAAACUUGGCCAAUCGACUCGAGACGUCAUUUAACAUAGAGUCCGUUGUGGAUCCAAUCGACAUUAGAAUCUCGGACGCCAUCAUGAACUUCCAGGAGAACCAUGUGGCCAUACUGCAGUUUUUGUACGACAAAUGCGGCAAGCCUCGUCUCGGCAAGAGGGGCAGCAAGCACGAGCUGCGCUUUGAGACGCUCAAGUUUGGAACCCGCCACGUCAUGGAACGCCCCACGACGGCAGCGGGCACCAGUAUGGACCGACUCGUACAGUCUUUCAAGAAGCCCAUCCGCAAUGCCCGCGGAUUUUGGGCCCAGCUGCCGAGCAGAAUGUGCCGUUCGACCGAGCAGCAAGAGUGCUGGGAUGGACUGCGGAAAGCCAGAUCUGCGGUCAACGAGAGCGAUGCAGUGACCGUUCGCAGCCAAAACCGCAAGCCAGCGCAGCACAGUGACAGCACUCUCAUCAACCAGCUCAUUCUUACACUCAAGAUAACAACUAACAAGCUUGCGCUGGCUUACAGCGGCCAGGACGUCACAUGGCAGGAUGUCUCAAACAACGACGAUGGAAGCGGUAGCGGGAGCGGGAGUGGUGAAGGCCCCAUAGAAGCCGAUAGGUCGUAUGCUGGCUCGGACAUCUUCUUCAGCGUUCCCACCAGCGCACCGCAGAGCAAGCAUCCCAAGGUCCUCGAACCGCCCAAUGUAACAACUGCUCCCACAGCCAGUACAGUCACGUUGUCUGGCAACACUGUCACGUGCGUUUUCACUGCGGUGCUUGUGCUGGCAGUGUGUCACACUUGCUGAGAACGGCUGGCACAGAUAGUGACUAAGGAAGAGGUGUCCCGAGUGGUGACGACUUCGAGUGAGCACGCCCAUCAAAACGACUGACGCUCAUGCAUGGUGAAGUUGGCUCGCAAUCAUUCAUGGAUCCUUCUAGCAGCUUAGCUUUAGUAUAUCUUUUUUUAAUGUUGCAAAAUGUAGGACGAGUGAUGCCGAAAUACUAGUAGAAAAAUGGUGCGCACAUUAUUGCUACUACGACCAAAGUCACGCUUACGUGCAACAUAUGGCCUGUGACGUGAUUCGACCACCUAGGGACAUACCCAGGACAUACACGCACAGAAGUGCUCCCUGUUUCGGUUCUGUAGCAACGCAGUUUUCUGUUAUCCAUGGUUCCUACUGGUCCUUGAAACCCUUGUGCAUUCUGUCGUGUGAUACCACCUGUUGCUCUGUCAUUGUUGUCUCUUUUUUAUGUCCUCCUGCACUGGGUUUUUAUCGCUUUUAUUACACCUGUCGCUUAUGAAUAUUUUUGUGAAAUAUUGAGGCCCUGGCCAUAAACUGUGUUUUACAUCCCGGGCAAAAUGAUGGCAGAGCCCUAAAAGGUCCUCGAAAGACCCUUUAAUCUUUGCUUCAAGGUUGAGUUGGGACCCUGUUAUUGCAUGUAUGUGACAAUGACCCUUAUCACUUGUCCAGGCUCCCUACAACUGAUAGCAGUUUGUCCACCGAGGUGCUCAAAUCGUCCACAGCAUGCGCGUUGCACCUAAGUAUGAUCUUGGUUGUACACGGUCUUGACUUUGGCAGAACACGACUUCUUCUUUGUCAUUUCAUCACUCGUUGCGUUAGCUGAUAAGGUUUUCAAAUAUUUUGUAGUUGUUGCCAUUCCCGUAAACACGAGGUGUUUUUUAAAGUAUACGGGGUAUUUUUCCUAAUUGUGUAAUGAGUAAUUAAGUGCAGUUGCUCGGCCAAAAAUUGAGAAAGUUUGUCAUCUUCUCGGCAGAUACUAAUACUCAAGCGUGUGACUAAUGACCAUCUUCCCCAUUACCUGAAAUAGACAGCAGAAUAACUUUAUGUCCUCCAAAAUACAUACAGUUAGACAAAACCCAGAAAAGUGGGGCACCCUUAAGUAGCAUUUAUUGAGGUAUCAUGCAAUCUACUCUUGCGUUUUAAAAGUUAUCUAUUUUUUUGUUACAGUGAGCCAUGGCAUAGCUCGAACAUGUGCCGACCUGUUUCCCAUAAUUUGCGAUCUGAUCAAAGUUGAUCAGUCUGAUCAGGAUGCUCAGACAUCUGUUGGACUGCAGCUGGACGUUUGAUGGAUCGCAAGUUGUGGGCAUAGAAACUGCCUUAUUUUUAGCGAAUCAUCGAUGCAAAAGUUAAAACGCUCGUUUCUGCAUAGGUGGGUCACGUGAGUCACAUAUAGAAUAGUCCACUGAAGCCAAGUAAGAGAGUUGGCAAAGUUCCAAUUAAGUGGGAUUGGCCUGAAUUGUCUAUGGCUCGGGUGAAUCACUUAGUAUGUCAUGCAUUUAUGAUGCUCAGGUAUUUAAAAACCCACCUUAAUUGUCUGCUCCGUUAUAUUACCAUUGUUGUGGGCAGUGACUUACUUACAUCCUGCUGGCAUAGUGAAGCAGUAUAAAAGUAAAUUAAAUGUAAAGCUAAGUGUAGGUUUGUCCUAGUUAGCAUUAUUGAGCACAACGUUGGCAAGUGCCUGUGUAAUGCACACAGCAGUCCGAUUUCAGUGUGGGUUUGUUUUCCGAACCAAUACUUCAUUUGACUGAAGGUUUUUUUAUGUUACUUUUUUAUGACUCUGUGUUCAGACAUAUAUUUAUGUCUUUUUACUUCAUUUUAAGAGGCAUUAUGUUUUCUUUGUCUUUUUGUCACAAGCUCCUAAACACAGCCCUCAAAGCGAUUUUCAACAGGAGUAUUAGUUUUUAGCGUGCUGUUAAGUGACAAAGGCUUUGAAGGUUGUGUUGAAGUACACCAUGUGUAAAUGGUGUACACACCAUGUGUAAAAUAUGUCAUGUGAAGUUAAUCCUCAUCGCGCUGUCUCAGUUGUCGUCCAAUCGCCUGACUUUCUUUCUGUGAUGUGACGCAGGGAGGUAAAACUAAGCGACACAUUUAUUCUGGCACGGUGUGCAACAAGCCAUGUUUUGUAUUUUAGCAGUUCAAAAACGUGUCGACAUAAGCAUUCAUUUAUUCUGUUCCUUCAGAUGACACAUUGUCCUAUUGAUCUGGCAAUAGCACUGUAUUACUGUUUAUUGACUUUUCACGGGCUAUCGUGAACUUGUGCCAGUUUCUUCAAUGGAAUGUGACAUGCAUUGCUGGCAUAUGUUUGCUGCAUUCUUUUUUUUUCUAAUGAGUUGUCUCAUGGUUUGUAUUUGCUUUUAUUUUAUUUGGUUUUGUGGGUUGUACAGGUGAAAAUGAGCAUGUUCUGCUCAGUUUUUAUUCCAUCGUUUAAAACCUAAUAUAUGUAGACAUAAAUUAUAUGUGUAGAAACAAGUAAGAGACACAAGUUCUCAGGAAGUUAGCGCUGAAUCUUGUAUUUAUCAUUCGGAGUGCUAAGGUUGCAUUGCGUAACUACCAGAGAGCACUUUUGAAAAUUGCCGAAGCUGAUGCUGUUUUGCAUCUGCAAUGUGUAACUUCAGCACAGCAUCGUCCUCACGUAGCCCCAAGGGUUAGAAAAUGAACCCCAAAGGGUUGCUCUUAGUCUCAGUUAAGUAAGAAAACAUAACUGCGUUUUGUUCAUCGUGGUCACAAAAGCAAGUAUGCUUAGGCAUAACACAAUUGGAUUGUCACACAGAGGGACAUCAUUGCUAAGAGUUUUGUGCUAUGCUUUUUGCAUUGCAAUGUUUGCACUGGGAAAAGCUCCCAUUUACUUCCUGGGGAUAUAUGAAUGUCUCGUUUGUUUCGUUAUAGGAUUUUCCUCUGGACUUUUCCCUUUUGGUGUACAUGUGCAUUAUUAGUCUUAUGUAUCAUAUAGCUACCUUUGAGAAAAUGUUUUCUUCCAGCAACAUUGUUAACUCCCACAGAAAUGCUGCCAUACGUGUUAAUCAAACACUCUUCUUGGGAACUUGCUACGAUAGAUGUGCGUAUGUAUUUAUUCUUGACUAGGUUCACGGUGUCCUCUGGGAUGUUUUAUAAUUGUAUUUCUACCGUAGUUGCCAGACAUUUUUUCUUUCUUAGUGUGCGGUGCAGCAACACAUAAAAGUGAAUAAGUUUCUCCGCUCCAUUGUACGUAGCAUAUGCAGUAAGGAUGAUGCUGCCAUAUUGUAAAAACACAGCGCUUGGUGGUCAGGAAUGUGAAGAUAGGUUUUAGCGAAAAAUGUGCAGACGUCCAAUGGAAAACAUGCUGGACAGUAGUAAAUGACUUAACUCCAUAGGACAGUUUUGGAAGCAAUAGGGAGUUUUAAUUAACUUUAAGCUAUAGUUUCGUGUACACUACGAUAAGGAGCUGCAUGCUCAAUCUGAUGGAGCAAAAACACGUUGGAGCAAUAUACCGGGCUCUCACCUGCAAGCUCUUUCUGGAUAUCUUUAAAUUAAUAAAGGUGUUCUAGGGAUUAUCGAGCCAACAGGUACCAUAAUCUAUGCUCACCCCCAUAUAUGCUGCAGACAGUGGAUCAAAGAUACUUUCCAUUAGUUCCUGUCCUGUAGCUACGAUGAAUUUUCAAAGAUAGAAUGGGGAUUUCUCUGUGCACUAGACAGAAAUACUUGUCACGUAGUAACCUAGCACGUCACUUGAGCACACCUUCUUCCUAUCAUGUGUUCAUAAACAUAUCCAUAAUUUGCACUUCCUAACAUCUCCAUGUUACUGUGACUGGAGGCCUUCUGCAAUAUGAUCGUACGAGUCAUCGAUAGAUACUAGGAACACAGCUGCAAUACACUUUGUUAAUAUUAUGCACAGUAUGGAAAGUAAUAUUUUUUCUAGCAGGUACAAGGACAAUGUUCAAUACAAGCUGGUACGUGCCCAUUCUGCCAGUACAAAUAUUGUACGCUGAACAGAGAUAAGCUAUAACGGGAGUGAUUGGCUAUUUCCUAUUUUGUGGACCGAUCACUAUAGGUACUCUUAUUGGUUUAAAGGUGGGCUCCAACAGGGCACCUUUUCUCUGCUCCAGCGAUGCACUCGCUAGGAAGGCAUAACAAUACUGGAGUGUCCCAGACCACAUCUGCGGGUUCUUAAUUAAUUAAUUGCCCUCCAAUUUUGGGAGUUCCAGAAUAUGUCUGUAGUUUACUACGUCUAAUACUUGUGUUAGUGUAGUAGUUCGUAAAUGGGGUCUGACCUUUUUGCAUUAAACACCAAAGUUUGGGGAGUAGUACCCCUAUCUUUAACCUGGAGUGAAAUUGGAAAUUAUUAAAACAUUCGGUGCUGAAGGCUUUUAAUCAACAUCGUGCCACACAACACAAACAAUAAGUAUAUGGAAAAACCUGUGUUAUGUGCACAGGUUAACUUCUGCAACAUAAAAAAAAUAUUAAUAAUAAUAUUAAUUGGGAGUAUCAACGCAAUGUCAAAAGGUGACAGAGGAAAAGUCAGGUUUCACCUGAUUGACAUGGGGGUAAAUAUCGUAGGAACCUGGUCUUGCCUCAAAUGCCAGGCCCCAUGUCUACUAUGUCCGUUGCUUGUAGUAUGAAAACACACACAAGUGUUGAGGUAUUUUGAGGAGCAUACUUUGUCAUAAGAUGAAAUUGAUUCUGCAACAUACUUGAACUUUAGUGUUCCAUCUGUAUGUGCUAUUAAUAGACUUUUGUGAAUGUAUACGCACAUUUCUUAGUGCACCAUUCUGUUGCAGAAUCCUAGCAAGUAAAACAAACAGACAAGAAAACACAACACAACACUGUUGUUUUCAAGUGCCAAACACGAGUGGCGCUCAGUAGAACAUCUUUGCCCGACAUUUUACUCAAUUGUACGCAGAGACUUUGGGUUAUGAUAAUAGCCCCGCAGCAUGUCAUUGUAAAUACUUGAAACACUGCUAAAUGUAAAAAGCGUGGAUUGCCUUGUCAUAUCGCUAUUUUUCUUUUUCUAUCCAAUUCAAUCCAAAAAUUUAUUUUCUUACAAAAUGCACACAAGUUGUUUUGGGAACCUGCUACAGACGUAACAAAAACUGGCUACUAUACAUUACUAUGAGCAUUAAAACGUGUCAUUAUUCGAUUUAUUGUUGCUCACAGCACAAACAUGGCACAAUUCAUUGUCGGUUUCUCAAAGUGAGGUUGUGAGAGCUCGGGGCGGAUGCCGAUGGUUAUACGUAAGACUUUGCUUAGCUGGUUAAAGUUAGUGUGAUAGCUUUAUUUAUUAACUAAGUGUGGUUCCGAAAAAAAAGACAAAAAAAUUGAGACAUGCACAAAUGAAACACACAUACACACCAUAAUUUCUGUUCAUAAGACUCCGCCAUUUGUUUCAACGUUUCUUCAGUGCAAGAAGUAACAUGUACAGUGCUGUGUACAAUAGUCAUUCAAUAAUGCUUUGUCAUUUGCCGCAUUGUCCAUUUUUGUGCUUUCUAUUGUUAUCUGAACAAAUUUUCUUGUAUGUAUAAUGAAUGAGAAAGUACAGAAAAUAAACUUUUAUAAUUUGUAA